CCAACAGUUGGUUGUAGAGGAAGCACUGGAGGGGGGGUCUGGACUCUGGAGGAGUUCAGACUAAUAAAAACAGCUGCCUGGUCCUUUGACGUCUCUUCUGCUGGUUGAGUCUUUAAUUGCAGUUGUAGGAGCCGCUUAAAUUCUGCUUCUGUGCGAUCUAAUACAGGAACCUCUCUGCUAGCCUGUUAGCUUGCUAACACACCGUGUCUAAGAUGAACGGCCACCUGAACGGUUUUCACAACAACUUGUUCCAUGAAGAAGACUGCUUCCUCUUCACCUCUGAGUCAGUCGGAGAAGGUCACCCUGAUAAGCUUUGUGACCAAAUCAGUGAUGCCGUGUUGGACGCUCACCUGAAACAAGACCCUGAUGCCAAAGUAGCAUGUGAGACCGUAGCAAAGACGGGGAUGAUCCUGCUUGUGGGGGAGAUCACCUCCAGAGCUAGCGUUGACUAUCAGAAGGUUGUCAGAGAUACCAUCAGGGACAUCGGCUAUGACGACUCCAGCAAAGGUUUUGACUAUAAGACCUGCAAUGUUCUGGUGGCUCUGGAGCAGCAGUCUCCGGACAUCGCUCAGGGAGUUUACCUGGACCGUAAAGAAGAGGACGUAGGCGCUGGGGACCAGGGUCUCAUGUUUGGAUACGCCACCGAUGAGACCGAGGAGUGCAUGCCCCUCACCAUCGUCUUGGCUCACAAGCUCAAUGCCAAGAUGGCGGAACUGCGUCGAGAUGGAUCGCUGCCGUGGAUCCGACCCGAUUCCAAAACGCAGGUAACGGUUCAGUACCGGCAGGACAGAGGAGCUGUGGUGCCACUGCGAGUCCACACGAUUGUCAUCUCCGUGCAGCAUGAUGAGAGUGUAAGUCUGGAGGAGAUGCGUCACACUCUGAAGGAGCAGGUGGUGAAAGCCGUGGUUCCUGCUGGGUACCUGGAUGACGAUACCAUUUACCACCUGCAGCCCAGUGGUCGCUUUGUCAUUGGAGGUCCACAGAGCGAUGCAGGUCUGACCGGACGUAAGAUCAUUGUGGACACCUAUGGAGGCUGGGGAGCGCACGGAGGUGGAGCUUUUUCUGGAAAGGACUACACAAAGGUGGACCGCUCUGCAGCGUACGCCGCUCGCUGGGUGGCGAAAUCUCUUGUCAAAGCUGGACUCUGCAGACGUGUCUUGGUCCAGGUGUCCUAUGCUAUUGGAGUGUCCCAUCCCCUGUCUGUCUCCAUCUUCCACUACGGUACCUCCCAGAAGACCGAAAAAGAGCUACUGGACAUUGUGAGGAAGAACUUUGACCUCCGUCCAGGAGUUAUCGUGAGGGAUCUUGACCUGAAGAAGCCCAUCUACCAGCGAACGGCAUCUUACGGUCACUUUGGUCGCGACAUCUUUCCAUGGGAGAUCCCCAAGAAGCUGAAAUACUGAACCCUGCUCUCCGCUCGCACCUGUCGGGUGUAAACCUGUGUUCGUCCUCUCCUCCUUUCCUCCUCAUACAUGGUUACAUCCCAACACCCUCAGCUGCAUUAGCCACCAGUUGACAAUUACUAUAUUUAUGACAGAUUUGAAUCUAAACUCUUCCACAGUAAAAAGUAUUAAAUGCUGAGACUUUGCAGUGUGUAGAAGUGAGCAGUUUUCUCACGUUCAAUCUUUGCGUUCUCUGUAAAUGUCUUCUAUUUAGCAAAGUGAAAACUCGCGCUCCUUUCUUUGAUAUUAUGGCACAAACAAAGUACUUUUUUAUUUGGUUGUUUUGCUGCUGGUGCAGUCCCUUCAGGCCAUUAUUAUUCUGACGUUUUACAGAGAAGUCAGAAGCUGCUAAUGCCGUUAUGGUUUUAUUGGACUGCGCCACGGUUCCUGUAUUUUUAUGUAAUUUAUUUUGUAGGUUGAAAUGUCAUGUGGAUGCUCUAAAUUAUGAUGAAUCCUGUCUGUGUUCUGACCAAGAAUGAGAUAAUCUGUUUUUUUUCCUGUAUUGAGUGAUUUGAUGUAGUUAUAAAGACAGCUCUGUAUCCUCCUAAAUGGAGCUGCUUUUAUCUGAUUGCAACUGUGCAUAUGUUGUUUGAUUGCUGUGGGACCUAACAGUUGGUUGAGCGGAGCAGAACUCCUCUUCAGUUUCCUCCCAUCGUCGGUCUGACCAGGACGUAGGAUGGACGGGUAUGAAGGACGAUGAAGAGCAGAAGCAGCACAGUCGGUGAAGUGAUUGUAUGGAGUGGAACAGGCUUCUGAGCUGGAUAAAUGUUGAGCUGUGCUUUAUGUUUGCUCUUUAGAUUGAAUUUAUUGAAUUACUUUCUUUUUUUUUUGUUGUUGUUCAUAGAAACUCUUCAGGGUUUGCUACAGUUGCCAAGAUUAAAAAAAUAUUGUGGAAAUCCAUAGUUGAUGCUCAAACAUCACCCUGUUCGCCCUUGUCAGUAACUUUCCUUCCAUAUUUAAGAAAUACGCCACUAUAUUCCAAAAUA